UGAGGAGGAGGGCCUGUUGAGAACUAGCUGAGACUGGCUGAGCCUUCCCUACCAGCUACUUCCCUGUAAGGAAACCAAACUGCGCAACAAGCACUGUGAUUGCACAGGACCUGUAGAGGUGUCCCUCUCAAUUGCAGGAACGGAGCUGUGUAACCAAGAGUGGCCAGCAUGUCAGUGACUGUGACCAAAGGUGGAGGGGUGACUGUAUUUACAGUGAACUCUAAUGAAGGAAGCAGUUGGCCCCUGCUGUGUCAAAUACUUGGGACCUUGUGCUACAGCCCAGCAUGCUCAGUGUCCCAGGGACUGCGGAGGCUCCAAUCAAGUUCCCAGUCAGCUCUGGGGACUAUACAGAUCAUGGUGGGAGUACUCAACAUUGGCUUGGGAGCGAUCCUUGUUAGCACUGAUUAUUCUAGCUCACUGCGAUGGAUUGGGGUUCCUUAUUGGCUUGGUGGUGUGUUUAUAGCAGUUGGCAUCAUGUGUAUCUUGGCUGAGAAGUUCCCCAGUCCCUGCUUGGUGGGCAUCAAUGUGUUGAUGAACCUGUCAGGUGCUGCUCUGGCCAUUACUGGAAUUGUGCUGUAUGCUGUAGACCUGGCAAACUACCAUUUCUGGUGGAUUUGCAAUGAUGACCACUACAACUGGCGAGAUGACUACUAUGGUGGCCAGGUGACAAACCCCCCCAGUGAUCCGGAGAGGGAUAGACUCUUGGCAAAAUGCAAAGAUGCCAAGCAGAUUGCACAGAUGUUGAUGAGUGCCUUGGACAUUGUGCUCAUCGUCCUUGCAGUUCUUCAGCUUUGUGUCACUAUAAGCUCUGCGGUGUUGGGUCUCAAGGCUUUGUACAAUAAUGGAAAGGAGGGAAAAGAGAACAUCCGGGACCUGGAGCAGUAUAAGCCUCUGCUGGAGGAGGUCACCACUAACCCUGCAACUUAAAGAACACUGAUCUGAUCUGAUAUACUUUAUUGACCACGUGGGGAAAUUUGUCAUGGACGAUUAAAGAGUGGUGCUGCUUCCACAUGGAAUACAUAAAUAAAUUGAAUCAAAUGUAUUCUUCAUAAAUGGAUCAUCCUACAACCACCUCCACACCCACACAUUUGUUGUUAUACAUACAGUAUGUAGUACAUAUAGUUCAUUUACAUUACAUUUACAUUUAAGUCAUUUAGCCGACGCUCUUAUCCAGAGCGACUAAUUUACUGUAACGCCUACUGUGACUUUGCUUUGUGCAAAUGACAACUGACACUGAUUGUAUGUCUUCAUGCGUUUCGUAUUUGUCAUUUUUCCAAAACUGAAAGGACAGUUAUAAAGGGGACUAUUAAUUACUGAAUUGACUGUUGUAUAUAUAUAAAAAAAAUCUUCUGAAUUUUGA